UCUUGGAGCCAAGUCAGAGCAGAAUUUUUGAGAGAGACUGCGGAGUAUUCGCUUUUCAUCCUCUUUUCCAACUCUAUGUUUGUCUUUAGAAGUUUUGAUGUUCCUUCAGUGUUUCAAUAUUCCUCUGACGGCUCGUUCCUGUAAGAAGGUCAAGGAUCGCAAUUUCUUCCUCAUAUUGAUCCUAAUUUUUUACAUCUUGGGCUGUUGUGAGAGCCCCCCUCCCCCCCCCCUCAAAAAAAAAAUAGUUCCGACUGAACAAGUAUCGGAGUUUAGUGUUGUUUUAAAAUUUGCCCAUCGUGAUAAAUAAAAAAAUAUGCUAAGUAAAUACUUUUUACGUGACAUUUAAAGACAUGGAAUGGCAAUCUCAGUUAAUCAUAGUUCUGAAGUUUUUAGUUGUAUGUUUAUUUGUCCGACAUGUUGGAGCAAAGGGUUUCAAAAAUCCAGAGACAGGCACCGCCUGGAAAAUCGUGAAAUCAACACCAGAGCCGAACUUUGAACCGUACCUCCUAUCAACAAGUCAGCUGAUACGAGAAGAAGGAUUUUUGGUUGAGGAGCAUGCUGCCCAAACUGAGGAUGGAUACAUUCUUGGGCUUCAUCGAAUCGUCAAUCCUGCCGCUAAAAACAGCUCCAGGCCCCCCGUGCUCAUAAUGCACGGAUUCUUGAUUGCUUCAGACAACUGGCUCAUACAAGGAAGGGACCACGACUUACCUUACCUAAUGGCAGAUGCAGGCUUCGAUGUUUGGUUGGGCGAUUUCCGUGGGAACUGUUACUCAAGAAGACAUGAAACACUUUCUCCAAAUGAUGACCUGUUCUGGGACUUUGGGCCUCACGAAUGGGGCUACUACGAUCUGCCCGCAAUGAUUGAAUACAUAAGGCACGAAACGAAGAAGCAACAAAUUACUUACGUCGGCUACUCAAUUGGAGGCGGAGCUUUCUACCUGAUGUGUUCAACACGCCCUUAUUACAACAACUACAUCACCAGUGCCAUCAUGUUGGCACCAUUUGUGUACGGGCCUCGAGAAAAAAAGAUACGGAAUAAUUUACUCAAUUUUGCAAAACAUGCAAUCAAAGGACAUAAACAGCACGAGAGGUUUGAAGUAUUUAAGAGAACUCCCAUUCAUUUGAAGGCUGUGCAGAGGUUGACACGUAUCGAUGCUCCAAGUUUCAAAAUAAUGUUUCUCUUAUUCAUGGAUUUUUUCGGCGAUGAUAUCGAUCAACUUGAUAUGCUAAAAUUCAAGCAGAUUGCCAGCGCUUUCGGUGCUGGAACAUCGUUGAAGGCAAUGGAGCACAUGGUCCAGUUAUAUGAGAGCAGAGAAUUCCGCAAAUUUGAUUUCGGACGAACACGAAAUAAAAAGUAUUACGGUACAAUAGAGCCUCCUCAGUAUAACCUAACAAAAGUCACUGUGCCGAGCUGUAUUUACUAUGGUGCAAAUGAUUAUUUCGUUGACUUUGAGAGUAUAGAACGGCUGAGCAAGAUACUGCCUAACGUUGUGAAGAAGAAAAUGGUGCCUCACAAGAAGUUUAAUCACCUUGACUUUCUGGUUGCAACUGAUGCAAAGGCUCUCCUGUAUGAUGAUGUCAUUUCUGAUGCAUUCCGCAUUAUUAAUUCAGAGUAAAAUAAUUCGCAUGUACUUUCGACGGAAAAAUAACGAAUGUGUGGAAUGUUUCAUCAUUAGACCCUCAUGUACUUUCUAAUAAAUGAUGAAUUUAAACAAAAGGGUGGUAGAAGAUGAUCUACGCCACCCUCCAAAUUCUAAGGGAAAUUUCUAUCCUAAUCCUGAGGGAUUUUGCGUGAAUAACUGUUAAAAUUUAAAAAUUACAUGAAAUACUGCUUUUGAAUUUAAUAAAUUCGAUUCAAAUGAACCGAAGAAAAUAUAAAUGCAUGUAUAAAAUGUAUGAUUUCUUCCUUCACUUUUUCUGGCAAAGUAUGUUCCAAGAAGUAAGAGAGCCACGAAUGAGAUUGGAUCAUACGUAUAAUUUUACUCCAUGGAAUAAAUCUUAUUGACUUUUACACAAGCAACAUACACAUCCGGAGGUUGUACUUAAUUUAAAUCAUGUCCCUGUGUCGCAAGUGUUUCUUGUUAUUGCCGGUAAAUUUUUUAAAUACACUGUUGGAUAUAAUUUCCGUA